CCGCCGACGACGUCUGGGAAAGAAUUGACAAUCGAGGAUGGGGGUAAGAAGAGCGCUCCAUCGCGUGCUCGGUUGCAGAUGCGGCUUUGUCGCCGACCGCGAUGACGGCGCCAGACGAUAUACAGCGGCACCUCUACACCUCCUUCCUCCAGCGGCGUACGGCGGACGCCACGCUCAGGAUCGCCGCCUGGAAUGUCCUGUACCGCGUGCACAAGGUCGUGCUUAUCCAGGCUGGCUUCUUUCGCGGGCUCUUCGAUGGCGGCUUCGUCGAAGAAGGCGGGGAUGCAGUUGACCUCGUCUUCGUUGAUCGCAACAUUAGCAGGGCUGCAUUCGAACUCUGCCUCGCACGACUCUACGGUGGCGGCCCCCCUCUUCACUUCAACUCGGAAUCCCCUGUACCAGAAGGACACCAGGUCGCUGAUCCAGGAUUCCUCCUCUCGCUACUGGCGACGGCACUCUACCUCUCAAUACCCCACAUUGCAUCACAGGCGCUCGCCGCCGUCCUCAGCUCCGUCGGCCCGUACACCCUGAUUCAGUACCUCGAUUUCGCCCUCGGCCUCCCCAUCCGCGCGGAUAGCGGCCCCCCUGCUGUCGGACUAGAAAGCGUGGCUGAAGAGUACGAGGACGAAGACGACCGGCUCUCCAGCACCAAGUUCGACACCGCACAUUCCAUCGCAUCACACGCGCCAUCCACCGCCUCGACUGCCUCACUCGAUAGUUAUGCCGCAGGGACGGACCCAGGGGCGAAUGAACGGCACACCUACGGCGCCAUAUCUGACAAGAUAGGCGAGGCGUGUGCGGCGUGGCUCGCUCGCUGGGGCGUAGACGUGUUCUCCCUUGAGCACGACGGCAGCUUCCUUACUACCCGCAAGCGCGAACGAGCCAAGUCUGCCCCUAGCGGGACGGUGCCGGACCUUGAUCAUACCCCUACGGUUCCAGGUGUGAAUCCCGACCGACCACUCCACAUCUGGAGUCGCUUGUCACCGUCGUGGAUUCGCGCACUCAUCUCCUCGGAUACAUUCUUCAUCAGGGAUGAGACACGAAGAUUCUACUUUGCAAGGGAUGUCGUCGAAUAUCGACGAAGUCUUCUGCAGUCGCACACGGAUGAAGAGGAGGAGGAAUGGGCGUUGCUGUUUGAGAAGGGCAUCUACUAUACCAAUAUGCCUAUGCAAGACCUAAUCGAAAUAUCUUCGCUUGUAUCGCCAACAACGGGCACCCCAUACGUGCCCCUUCACGUUCUGCAGAGUGCAUAUUGGAGUCAGGGCGUUCUUCGCAACCUUUCUACAUCUGUCGUGGAGCCCAGCUCUAAAGAGCUUCGAAUAACAACGCAGAAUAUCCAUGCGCCCGAUGACCCUCGCGCUGCAGGCGACCGCUACUGGAAGGUAUAUGGCGACUCCAGCUUCCGCGUCGGGGACAUCAACCUCAACUUGGAUAACAAGAGCGCGCAAACCACCUCCAUGGAGGACCUUUUCAACGUAUGCGCCUCUCACAUGCCCUCCACCGACCACGGUUCCAAACGCUUCUUCGGCCUCGUCGACCCAGAGAGCCCGAUCGACGUGACGAAGGGCAAGGGCCGUGCGGUCGAGCAAAUACCCCCCGACGCGCCGAAGUAUACCCCAUACCCACCGAUGCGCUUCAGCGUCGAGUUCUACGACGUGCACCUGCUUUCGGAGAAGACACGCCUGUACUCGCGCACCGUCUGGUACGCGGGGAGCCUGUUCAACAUCUAUGUGCAGGUGAAUAACACGAGCACAAACACUACGACUCGGCGGAAGCCGGCGCAUGGGGCGACGCAGCUGGGGAUAUAUGUGCACAGGCAGAGCAGCGUCGACCCCGCACCGGGCGCUAGUGCGCCUCGUCCGCUGCGACAUGCACAAUCUCUGACCUUCGCUGCCAUUCCAAAGCCUACGCCACCACCACCACCACCGCCUAUCGAAGCAACUCUUCCGCGGCCAUCGAGUGCGCACGCCCGGCAUACUCGCAAUCUCUCCGGGAACUCAGCUUCCAACGUCGGCAGCCCCACACGAUCCUUCAUGCCCAUGUUGUCGCGCAGUGUAACGCCGGGUGCGCGAACCAGCGCCGCAGUGGCUAACUCACCGCCACCCGCGACAACGCCUCUCAGCUCGAGUCUCCCAUCGUCAUCGAAUAUGCCUGAACGAGGCGUACUUGCGCACUACGAGACACGUCCGCCGGGACCCGACGAACCCGAGCGCCCCGCCCCUCCAGCAGGACCGUACAUGGCGCCACCCCAGGCUGCUCCAAAUCAAGCUUAUCGCGACCCCCGCGCCGCCGUGCUUGCCUACUUUGGCGUGACGUGCCAUGUCAGCGGCGCCACCCGUGGCGAGGAGGGCAAGGACAGUGCGAAGGGCAAGGGGGAGAAGGUGCAAGGGGAGCUGGGCGGCGCGGGGCAGGUGCGGUUUUCGAGUGCACCAGACGUGUUUAAGGUGAGCCAAAGCUGGGGGUGGAAGAGUCGGGACCUGAAUGUGGUUGGGGAGGGUGCAGCACGCACGCUGAGGGCGAGUGUUGUGCUCGGGCUGGUUUAAUCUGCAUGACAGGCCACCAUGGGUCUGAAUCGGCGUAUGGGUCUGGGACGAUAUACGGACGAUGCAUCGUCAUUUUGCUUCUUCACGGACCGUCCUUCUUGGUUAUGUUCUCGAUUUAUUAUGCAUACCCUUCGCUUUCGAGGACCAUCCCUUUGGUUUUAUGUUACUCCCCCUCUUAUAUCUUGAAAUGCUGUUGUACCUCCUAGUCUUGAAAUAUCGUUCCCGGGGCGCUGCACUGUGCACGCACCAGAGAUUCUCGUUA